ACCACAGGUUCUGUAUUUUUAAUCCCUUCUCUCUCGCGCAGGAGCUGGCAUUACAUUUAAUUUUUCCCCAACGAUACCGGUUUGUUGGUCAGAUAUCCGAAAAUGAGUGAGCUGCUUGUCCUUGAAAACUUCAUCAAUGGUGAAUUUGUAGCCUGCGAUACCCACAUAGACAACUACGACCCGUCGUGUGGAGCGGUGUACGGCAAGGUACCGAACAGUUCUGCAGAUACCGUGAGCGCAGCUGUUGCAGGGGCGAAGGAUGCGUUCAAAUCGUGGUCUCGCACUUCACCUGACCAACGAGCCACUGUCCUGAGGAAAAUAGCGGAUGGCAUUGAGGCACGUCUGCAGGAGUUCGCCGAGGCCGAAUCCCGUGACCAGGGCAAGCCAAUCUGGUUGGCUAAAGCUGUUGAUAUACCUCGGGCCGUCUACAACUUCCGCUUUUUUGCCUCAACCAUCACCCACCAGAUUAACACAUCUACUGUUCAGCCGCAGUUCAAUGCUGUCAACUACAGCACUCAGACACCGAUCGGUGUGGCUGGUCUAAUCAGCCCCUGGAAUCUACCGCUGUACUUGCUGACCUUCAAGAUUGCCCCAGCCCUGGCUGCGGGCAAUACGGUUGUGGCAAAGCCCAGUGAAAUGACAUCAGUCACUGCAUGGAUGAUGUGCAAGGUGUUCCAGGAAGCAGGCCUGCCAGCCGGUGUGUGCAACGUGGUGUUUGGCACCGGUGCAGUCACUGGCCAGGCGCUGACCUCGCACCCAGAUGUACCUGUCAUCUCAUUCACUGGUGGAACGGCAACGGCCGAGGUGAUUCGUCGCACCAUAGCGCCGUUCAAUAAGAAAGUGUCGCUGGAGCUGGGAGGCAAGAACCCAUCGGUGGUGUUUGAGGACGCCAAUCUAGAUGAGUGUGUUGCAACACACCUGAGGUCCUGCUUUGCCAACCAGGGAGAGAUCUGUCUGUGCACUAGCCGCGUCUUUGUGCAGGACACUAUCUACGAUCAGUUUGUGGAGAAAUUCGUGACUGCAACCCGCACUCUGACAGUGGGUGAUCCGAAAGCAGCCGGCACCAAGGUCGGCGCCUUGAUCAGCGCUGAGCAUCGUGACAAGGUGAAGUCGUACAUUGAGAUUGGCCGUAAGGACGGACGCGUGUUGUGCGGUGAGGGUGUGGAUGCACCAGUGCAGUUGCCAGAAGGAUUGCAAAAGGGGUACUAUGUUCAACCCACUGUGAUUGUAGACUGUCCAGAUUCUUCACGCUGUAUGCAGGAAGAGAUAUUUGGUCCUGUUGCGUGUAUCAGCAAGUUUCAUUCACAAGAGGAGGUGAUAGAACGUGCCAAUGGUGUCAAGUAUGGCUUGGCAGCGUGUGUCUGGUCGAGAGAUAUCUCCAGAGUGCACACUGUGGCUCAUGAACUGCAUGCUGGGACUGUGUGGACAAACUGUUGGAUGGUGCGUGAUCUGAACAUGCCCUUCGGAGGCAUGAAAGCCAGUGGUACAGGACGAGAGGGAUUCAAGGACUCCAUGGAGUUCUUCACCGAGUCCAAGACAAUCUGCAUCAAGAUGUGAUAUCUGAGCGUAGGCUGAGCGGCACAUGACCUGAUACCUCUGCCAUACACAUGCACAUGUGUGUGAUUGGACACGAUCACAGAAGGACUGGUUGUGCAAGUGCAAGUUACAGUGCUCUGGAAGAGACAACUGUGAGUUUUCCCUGAUGGUGUCGCCAUGCAUAGUACAGUGCUGUGAUUUGCUCAUUGCUAUUAUGCCAAGAUGGCCAACUACAACUACAAGGGGACGUACCAAGAUGGCCAUCUACAAGGGGACGACUUGCACGUGUGCAUAUGCUGCUCUAGUCAUGUAGGUACUGCGGCGGGCAUAGGCACAAUCGGCGUUCACCUGUGCCGUAGUGUGUGUGUAGGCAUUUCUAGUUUAGUUUCCGUAGUCACUUCAGUUGUAGGGUCAGGGCAUGCUGUAUGUAUUCUGUGCUCUGUAGUACAACGUGCAGUGCAGUAUGCAUGCUGUGUUGUGUAGUACAACGUGCAGUGCAGUAUGCAUGCUGUGUUGUGUAGUACCUAGUAGCAAUGUUGCACGGAUGUGAGGAGCAUCAUGUACAUGCGUGAGUGUGACACUGGCAAUUAUUUGUUCUGUGCAUUCUACCUCGAAGUAACUUUCCUACGAUUUCAUAGUCAUUGAGUGAAAUGCUGUAUGAAUAAGUGAAAAAUGCUAACCUAAAAAUGCAUACAGAUCAUUUCGAUAGCUUUUUAUAUACAGUAUUCGAAAUUGUUGGCGAAGAUGAUGGCUGGAUUUAUGUUUAAGGAUUUUUCUUGAGUUUGUCUCUGGUUUUGAUUUUACAUUAAUUUUAGGCUAGAGGCUAUUCGUUCUAUGGCGCGCUUAUGAUUGCAUUUCUUUUUGCUUUGUACUUUUAAAAUGUCUUACAAUCCAAUCUUUUCCUGUUUCUUGUUGAUAUAAACUUGAAAUCUGUA